GCAAAAAAAAAGGAGGUAGUAGUAGUAGUUGCGAAAAAGUCACUAUCCUCCGGUAAUCCAAUUCAUGCUCUUCGAAGCCACCAAAUUUGAUUGCAAUCAUCUCUGUUCAAAUGGAGUGAAGAAGCAAACAAUGCUUUAUAUAUCUAUUUAUAUUUCUUCUCUAAAUGUGAUGCUUUCUGAUAUAUAGGUUGCCAAAGAAAAAACCUCUUUGCUUUAAUGGGUAUUCUCUCUCUAUUUGCCCCUGAAACAAUUGGGUUUCUUUUACACCAUUGCUCCAAAACCAAGGCCUUUCGAUAUGGGACUUCCCUUCAUGCUUCCGUAGUCAAGUCAGGCUUGCAGUCCGAUGUAAUUGUCUGCAAUCACAUUCUCAACAUGUAUGCAAAGUGUGGCAACAUCACCUUUGCACGCAAGGUGUUUGAUGGGAUGUCUGAGAGAAACCUUGUUUCUUGGUCAGCUAUGGUCUCUGGUUAUGGCCAAGCUGAGGAACCCAGAAUGGCCAUUGACCUUUUCUCUAAAAUGGGUCUUGUGCCCGUGCCCAAUGAAUAUUUACUUGCCAGUGCUAUAAGUGCUUGUGCUAGUCUCUUGGCUUUGACACAAGGGCAACAAAUGCAUGCUUUAUCUGUGAAAAUUGGGUACUCUUUCAUUUCUUUUGUUUCCAACUCACUUAUCUCGAUGUACAUGAAAUGUGGUCAAUGUAGUGAUGCCUUAACAGUUUUUAGUAGUACAUCUGAGCUGAAUUCGGUGUCUUAUAAUGCAAUGAUUGCUGGGUUAGUAGAAAACAAACAACCGGAUAAAGGGUUUGAAAUUUACAGAAAAAUGUGCCAACAAGGUCUGGUCCCAGACCGUUUUACUUUUGUCGGAGUGUUGGGAAUUUGCAGUACUGCAGAUGAUUUGAGUAGAGGAAUGCAAUUGCAUUGCCAAACAGUCAAGCUCAAACUUGACUCCACCCCUUUUAUCGGUAAUGUGAUAAUAACAAUGUACUCGAAGUUUGGUAUGCUAGAAGAAGCACAGAAGGUCUUCAGAUUAAUUGAAGAGAAAGAUGUCAUUUCAUGGAAUACCCUUAUUACUGCUUGUUCUCAUUGUGAUGAUCAUGCAAAGGGUUUGAGUAUUUUCAAAGAGAUGACAAAUGUGAUUAGUUUAUGGCUUGAUGAUUUCACAUAUGCGAGUGCUCUUGCUGCAUGUGCCGGCAUUGCUUCUGUACGCCAUGGCAAGCAGAUUCAUGCUCAUCUGAUCAGAACAAAGCUGGAUGGAGAUGUAGGUGUUGAUAAUGCACUAGUAAACAUGUAUGCUAAAUGUGGUUGCAUUGGAUAUACACAAAAUGUUUUUAAUAAAAUGGGCAGUCACAAUCUUGUAUCAUGGAAUAGCAUCAUAGCUGGAUUUGGAAAUCAUGGGCAUGGGGCAAAGGCCCUAGAACUGUUUGAGCAGAUGAAGGGAGUUGGUUUGAAGCCAGAUUCUGUUACAUUUAUUGCACUUCUCACAGCGUGCAAUCAUGCAGGGCUUGUGGACGAGGGCCAAGCCUACUUCAAUUCUAUGAAUGAAAUCUAUGGAAUUGCUCCUGACAUUGAGCAUUUCUCUUGCCUCAUAGAUCUACUUGGACGAGCUGGAAGACUAAAGGAGGCUGUAGAAUGCAUGAAAAAUUUUCCUUUUGGGCAUGAUCCAGUUGUUUUAGUGAGCUUGCUUUCUGCUUGUCGAUUGCAUGGAGAUGUUUUAAUUGGGGAACAUUUGGCAAGAAAGCUUUUGAAAUGUGAGCUUGUCACUACUUCACCCUAUGUUCUAUUGUCAAAUUUAUAUGCUUCAGACGGAAUGUGGAAUUGUGUUGCAGAGUCAAGAAAGAUGCUGAAGGGUAGUGGAUUGAAGAAGGAACCUGGCCACAGUCUGAUCGAAGUGAAGGGAGUUGUUGAGAAGUUCACAAUUGGUGAUUUUUCUCAUGCAAGAAUUGAACAGAUAGUGCACAUACUCAAAACAUUGAGUUGGGAAGGGGAUAAAGUAUUUUCUUAUUAUUGAUCAAGUUAUCAGAGAGAAGAGCAUUUCUUGGCACAAAGUUGAAACCGCUGGUUUGCAAUAUUAUGAAUGUGUAUAAAAGUCUCACAGCAACAACUUGAAGUUAUUCAAUGGUUUCCGGACAUGGAUAGGGUCAUAAAACAUGGAUGAGGGGGUAUCCAACAUGUCAACUUUCUGAAGAUAUUGAUUCAAGUGGCUCGAUAGAGCUCAGCUUAGAAGGCCACACUAUGGAGCAAAGUUAUUAAUCCCAUCCCAUACUGGCUGAGAUGUACCAUACCGGACCAGAAAUGGGAACUCAUACAUGAAGUUUCAUUUUGUUGAAAAUCUUUAUGCUUACCCGGAUGCUUUGCUUAUGCUGCAGAAAUUUGCAAAGGCGACUAGAAACAGAGUGCUUUACUCUCCAAGGCUUGAAGCUGCUUUCCUUGGUAGAGAAGAUCACCUGAAGCUUUAAAAGACCAGAUCGGCGGCAAAAGUCACAAACAUGGAAUUAGCAAAAAGACUGGGCUGUUGGCUUUCUAUAAUCCUUUAUCAGCUUAUCUGUAUUCACUUAUUAUACAUUUUGGGUCAUAAUCCUGGUCAGUUGAAACCUCUAUUUAGUUUAAUUUUAUGUUUUGAGUUUGACUAAAUAGUUGUUGACUUUUGAUGAAAUUUCAGCCAUUUGUGGGUGGUGAUCACUUCAUCCGGGAGUACUUUCUUCCACAAUAAUAUGCCAUUCUCAUACCUGUAUUUGCUGUCGCGGCACUUCUCAGCUUCUUAUCCGUUUUAUUGGGCUUGUGAUGCUCAAAUCCAAGAAGGGAUGAUGCAAGUAUAUAUCAACACAGAUUAUUUCCCCCAAUUGUCAUAUGUAUUUAUAAAUAAUAAAAAAAAACAAAAACAAAACAAAGAGUAAAGCCAAAUAGUCUUUAUUUGGUGUAAUAUUCCUGUUCAAAAUACGGGAAUAGCCUCUCCAGAAAUGAGACAACAUACUUACAUCUAGUUCUCCCUAGAUCCCAUUUUAGCGAGUAUUGUGUAUUGGGUUAACCUUUUAUUGAUGUUCAAAAUUAGAAUUGGUGUGCCAUAUGAUA